AUGGUUGAUUCUAAGGCUACCUUACAAAUUCCAGGCUUUGUUCUGGUAUUUAUUGGAGCAAUUUUGAACUUUAUUGCUUUGGCAACUCCUGCCUGGCAGGUGGUUUACGCCAGAGAACUUCAACAAUGGGUCAGUAAUGGUUUAUGGAUGAACUGUCUCACCAGGCCAUCGGGAAUGCUUUCCUGCACUUACACAUUCACGAAGGGAGACCUUGACUUCUACACAAGUGCCGAAGUCGUUAAUAUUCGAACGCCAGCAUUUUUUGAGUGGCAACAUCAUUUAUUGUAUGUGAUCCUAAUUGGGCAACUUUUCGCCUUCUUUGCUAUGAUAUCCUUUUGUUUGGAUUCCAAAUUUGUCCUUUACUUUCUUAACAACUUUUCAGCGCUUAUAAACUUAGGAGCCAAUAUUGCCUUUCAAAUUUAUGCUCAUAUGGUGGAGUACCGUUUUUAUCACGUUAGUGUCAGUGGUAUUUACGAGAAGCAUAUUGGAUAUUCGUACUUUCUACAUUUGAUCGGUUCGCUGAUCAUCUUACUUGGUUUUCUGCUCUCGUUAGCCUAUGUUAUUACACUUCGCAUAAGCUCUCAAACUCAUCUGGAAAAUGAUUUGUCGUUUUUACCUUAUCAGGUAUUCUGUUCUGUAAAAUAA